ACAAUGACAUCCUUUGAGCUUUUCAACCACGUUGAGGCUGGCAAAGAAGACGCCAGAGACCUAGUCGGAAGUCUCAAAGCCCUUCAGCAGACACUCAAAAACACAGAUACAGACACCACCAUCCUUCAAGACCUCAAUGUCUGUCUGUUCAAAGCUCAGGAGCUGUCUACUGAAUCCUUCCUGUUCAUUGAGAAGGAAGCAAACAAUGCCAGAAAGAUGGCAGACUUCCUGACCGACCGCGCAAUCUCAGAAGUCGUGGGAAGACUAGCAGACCAAGCUCGCAGACACACGCCUCAGAACAAACUCGCCGUCUUGGUAUUACGCUACUACUUCGAAGGCACCGGCGGCGACAUCAAUCGCAAGAAUUUGGAAGCAAGAUUGAGAGAAGCUGAGGAGAUUGGCAGUCUGGGUGAUUACCCUUGGACUUGCGAGUUUGAGGAUGUGCUCGAGAGGUACAGAGUCAAGGUUGAGAAGCUUGCUUUGGAGUUUGUGGUUGAGGAAGCCAAGGAGAUGUUUGAGAGUCAGGCUUUGACUUGCUUUGCUGUGGAGGAUGAGUGA